UCCGCGCCUGGUGUCCAAAAAUUUGGCGAUAGCUUCCCUAUCGCGAUUGUUAGGUGAGCGGACCAAUUCCUUGCGUGCAACUCCCGAGCCUCCCCCCUAUAGCCGAAGCGCAGCACACUCCUUUUGCAGCACCGGCCCAACGUCCCAUCUGUCUUGCAAGAUUCCAAUUGACACCGGUUCGAAUCCGCGACUGACCUCGAUUCCUGCUGCGAAACCUUAACGAGCCGCCUCCCUCCAUCUCCCUCCACGAACACCACCCCCAAACAAUCUAAAAAGUUCCCGGGCCGACGGCUCAACCAACCACUUCAAAAUGGGCGGCCUCAUCAACGUGAUCAACAUGUGCUCCCACCUCCAAAACGCCUCCCGCGCGCGCCUCGGCAUGACCUCGGUCAUCAACACCAGGCAGAACCUCAACCUCGCCCUGGCCCUCCACCGCUCCGGUUUCAUCUCCUCCCUGCACCGCGGCGGGCCGACCCCGCCCGCCCCGGAAGACAUGAGCAAAGACCCGGAGCCCGUCACCUCGGCCAACGUCGCCACGCGCCGCCUCUGGCUCGGCCUCAAGUACUGGAACAACGAGCCCGUCCUCAAGGGCCUCCGCAUCGUUACUAAACCCACGCGGCCCAUCCGCGUCAGCAUCGAGGACCUCGAGCUCGUCGUCCGCGGCUUCAACAGCAAGAACGGCCUCGUCAAGGGCCUCGUCCUCGGCGAGUGCCUCUUCCUCACCACCGACAGGGGCGUUCUGGAGGCGAGGGAAGCCCUCGCCAGGAAGGUUGGUGGCAUGGUCCUGUGCCGUGCGAGAUAAGUCGGGCCGGAAGAAGAGGAGCGGAAGGCGGUUGAAUUAGAGCAAGGAUGACCAUGGCCACCACCCAAGGGAUGCUCGGGCCUUGAGAGAGCAAAGAACAAGGAGUCUUUUGGGAAUGGAAAGUGAAAAAAAAAAUAAAAGACACCAAAAGGGCAGCGCCUCGAAGCCAUCCCGCGGGAGCCCUGUAAGGAGUAUUGUCCUCCGUAUACUGUACAAAAUCUGUAUUCUAGAGAAGACAUGAACACACCAUUUUGCGCUUCUUCGUUUUGCGUUUCCAUUUGACGGGUUGACACAUCGUUAGCCAAGUACAAUCUCGACAAUCCACGACGGAGAUCGUUGAACAGAGUCGUAGGCAACAACAACGAACUGUAAGGAAUGCUAUUGCGAGUUGUAUUCAUUCUCUAUAACUAAUUUUGAGUCCUGUACACCGGCCGGCUUCUCCCUCCCCACUCCGGAACCCGAAUAAGAAAGAAAAAGGAAAAAAACUCUCCCAAACGAAGUUGUUUACGCCUUUCCCCCCCUCUCAAUCGGUCAGGUAUCAUGGCACACCCCAAUGGUUCUAAAAUUGUACAGUCGCGGCCGCCACUCUU